CGUGUCCCACUGGCCACCCCACCAUGACUGUCACCUACACGGCCCGCGUGGCGAACGCCCGUUUCGGGGGCUUCUACAAACUGCUGCUGCUUUGGCGCGGAAGCAUCUACAAGCUGUUGUACAAGGAAUUCCUGGCCUUCUUCCUCACCUACCUGGGGCUCAGCCUGACCUACCGCUUCGUCCUGGCCGAGGAUCAGAAACGCUACUUUGAGAAACUGGUGAUUUACUGCGACAACUACGCCAACCUGAUCCCCGUCUCCUUCGUGCUGGGCUUCUACGUCACGCUGGUGGUGAACCGGUGGUGGAGCCAGUACACCUGCAUGCCCAUGCCCGACCGCCUGAUGUGCGCCAUCUCCGGCUCCGUGCACGGCAGGGACGAGCGGGGCCGGCUCUACCGCCGCACCCUGAUGCGCUACAGCAGCCUCUCAGCCGUGCUCAUCCUGCGCUCCGUCAGCACCGCCGUCUUCAAGCGCUUCCCCACCAUCGACCACGUGGUGGAGGCAGGCUUCAUGACCCGGGAGGAGCGGAAGAAAUACGAGAACCUGAGCUCGUCCUACAACAAGUACUGGAUCCCCUGCGUCUGGUUCACCAACCUGGUGGCCCAGGCUCGCAAGGAGGGGCGCGUCCGGGACAACUGCGCCCUCAAGUUGCUGAUGGAGGAGCUGAAUCACUUCCGUGGGAACUGCAGCAUGUUGUUCCACUACGACUGGAUCAGCGUCCCCCUGGUCUACACGCAGGUGGUGACCAUCGCUGUGUACAGCUUCUUCGUGGCCUGUCUGAUCGGGCGUCAGUUCCUGGACCCAGCCCAGGGCUACGAGGGCCACGACCUGGACCUGUGUGUGCCCGUCUUCACCCUGCUGCAGUUCUUCUUCUACGUGGGCUGGCUCAAGGUUGCCGAGCAGCUGAUCAAUCCCUUUGGGGAGGACGACGACGACUUCGAAACUAACCUGCUGAUCGACCGCAAUUUCCAGGUCUCCAUGAUGGCGGUGGAUGAGAUGUACGAGGACCUGCCCCUGCUGGAGAAGGACCGUUACUGGGACGCCUCCAACCCCCGCGCCCCCUACACGGCGGCCACCGUCUUCCUGCUGCACCAGCCGUCCUUCCAGGGCUCCACCUUCGACAUGACGCUGCCCAAGGAGGACAUGCAGUUCCAGCCGCUGGAGGAGAUCGAGGAGGGGCUGGAGCCGAGCCGGCAUGUCCCCCUGCACCUCCUGAACCGGCUGCUGGCCACGGGGCCCGCCCCGGGCAGCUUCGGCCGGCGUCUCUCCCUCCUGCGCCGCAAGAACAGCUGCGUCUCCGAGGCCUCCACCUCCUACAGCUGCUUGUGCCAGGACACGCAGAGCACAGACUGCAGCUGUGGGCCCCCCGCCCACUGCCUGCCCCUCAGCGAGGUCCCCUUCGCCGCGGAGCAGCGGGGUUGGGAGGGGGGCGAGGAAGCUGGGCCCUGGGCCCUGGGCCGCCACGAGGAGACCUUGGCCGAGGACUCGAACCUUGCCCAGCGCUCCCAGGUCUCUUUGCUUCACCCCGACGGCGCCGCCCCUGUGGCCCGCGGCUUCCCUUUGCCAUAGGACAUGGGGCCCCUUGUGGACACGUCCUUCCUCCUGCAGCCGGGAGCCGCUCAGGAGCCCCCCGCCCGGAGUGCCCCCCCCCAGUGCCGGCUACCACCCCUGGCUGCUGAACUGCAUUGAGGAGACUGGCGUGGGCCGGGCCGG